AUGCCAGGAGGCGUGAUGGAGGAGAUGCCCCGACAUCCGGUCCCCGCUGCGGCGCACGGAGUGCUCAAGUCUCUGCUGGAGAGCCCGAUGAAGCUGCCGCUGCACCAUGAAGGUUUGAGCGUGGUCCAGGAGAAGGAGAAGAGCCUGGAGGAGGAGCACAGCGCCCCCCAGUCGGCCUUCCUGGGCCCCACGCUGUGGGACAAGACCCUGUCCUACGAUGGAGACACAUUCCAGCUGGAGUACAUGGACCUGGAGGAGUUCCUGUCUGAGAAUGGCAUCCCCUCCGACCAAUCGCACGCUCUGCCUCGCCAGCAGCCAAUCAUGUCCCAGGCCCCGCCCACUUCCACUUCUUCGGUGGUGGAUCUCCGUAACCACGGCUCCACAUCGCUGCACGCCAACGUCUCUCCCAACAGCCUGCAGGGCAGCCCGGCUAGAGCAGGAAUCACAAACUCCAGAAACACUCCCAGCCCGAUCGAUCCAGACUCCAUCCAGGUUCCUGUCGGGUACGAGCCCGACCCGGCCGACCUGGCGCUGUCCAGCGUGCCGGGGCAGGAGAUGUUCGACCCACGCAAACGCAAGUUCUCGUCCGAGGAACUGAAACCACAGCCCAUGAUCAAGAAAGCUCGCAAGGUCUUCAUCCCAGAGGACCUGAAGGAUGACAAAUACUGGGCCCGGCGCAGGAAGAAUAAUCUGGCGGCCAAGAGGUCCCGGGACGCCCGGCGGCUCAAAGAGAACCAGAUCGCCAUCCGAGCCGGCUUCCUGGAGAAGGAGAACUCUGCUCUGAGGCAGGAAGUGGCCGAGCUGAGGAAAGAGCUGGGACGCACCAAGAAUGUCCUGGCCAAGUACGAAGCAAGGCACGGGCUGCUGUGAGCACGCACACAGGGAGUGUGCCAAUGUUCCCACAGCCCUAUGUUCCCACAGCCCUAUGGUCCCACAGC